GGCAUGAGCAGCGUUGCCCGCACCCGCGGCAGGAGGAGGAGGCGGCCCUCCCGCCUCAGCCCGCCGUCCUCCACCAGCUCCGAGGGCCGGGAGCCGCUCAGUCCCUCCGGCGGCUCCCCGCUCUCCCCCGCGUCCCGCCCCAGCUCCCCGAGCGGCGAGGAGGAGGAGGAGGAGCGGGCCGCGGCCUCCCGGAGCCGGCGAGGCGAUAGGAAGGCUGAAGACUCUGAAAUAGCAAUGGGGGGAAAAGAGUCACCUUUGAAAGAUAAUCUUUCACCGUGGGAAGAAUGGUUCAUUGGCAAAGAGAAGGAGCUACGUGCCCGCUUACAAGCUAGAGCUGCAGAGGAAAUGAAAAUACAGCUAGAGAAGAUGAAGCAAAAGCAAGAAUAUGAAAGGAGGAAAAGGAUAGCUGAAGAGAAGCACAAGGAAUGGGUCCAGAAAAAAAGAGAAGAGGAAAGAAGGGAAAGGGAACGAAAGCUGAGCAAAGAAAUGUCAGAAAAAGCCACAAAGGAACUAGAAAAAAUGCAGUUACAAGAAAAGGCCGAAGUAAAGUAUAAAGAAUGGUUAAAGAAGAAGAGAGCUGAAGAGGCAGAAAAAAAGAAGAAAGAGAAGGAAAAAGAAAAAGAAAGGGAAGCUGAGCUACAGGAGAAGAAAGAAAGAGCAGAGAAGAUCUUUAAGGAAUGGCUCCAUGAUGCUAGAAAUAAACCACGUCCUGUUUUAAACGGUUAUGGCUUUCCACGUGGGAAGUCUACAGGGUGUGCUGAUGGAAGCUUGUAUCCAGUUCCAGCAUAUUGUAACCCCAUUCCUUGGAAACCUGUACAUGUGCCUCCUCCAAAGGAAGACAAUGUUCUUACCAUGAAGAAGAGUAAGAGACCUGUAUCUAGCAGGUCACAUGUGUCUUCGCCUGUGGUAAUUUAUAAGCCCAAGAACAACCUUUGUAUUGGAUCCUUGUGCAGAAAGCAGUUCUAGUACAGAAAACAAAACCACUCACAUGAUCUUGAGUGAACUGGGCCAUAAAUAUGAAGGUAUAUGUAGUUAUAUGUCCAAAACGGGAUGCUACUUUUUAAAAUUUUUGUGAAAAGGUUUUGUAUUUACAACUAACUGACCAAUGAGCUUUUUAUAUUUUUAGUUUUUUACUUUGCAUUUUAGUAAAAGAGAAAAAAGGGAAAAAAAAAAGUCAUAUUUAGUCAAUUGUAAUGAGACUGUACCUCAAUAAAACACACAGGUUUGUUUCUUCUUUUCCUCUU